GGCCAAAUAUCUAUAUUUAAACAUUGGGGGAACAAAAUGAAAUAUAAAAGAAUCUUGCAGAGUAAUUUAUUAAUUAUGUAAGAGUUAUGAUCGGGUUCGAGUUAGGGUUCAAUCUCGGGUUUAGAUCAACCCGAUUCACAACACCGCAUUGAAAUUGGAGUCUCUCAAGUUCCGUGGCGUCAAAAAUGGCGUCAGGUGAUCGGAAAUCCCCAGAACAAACGAAUCAACCGUUGUCUCCUCCAACGCCGAUUGUGCAAGAAACCGGAACUCCGACGAAGCGUGUGUUGAUCACUUCCCUUUUAGCAGGAGUAAUUGGUGGAGGAGCUGGUUUAGUGUCGAAACACCGGAUAGCUCAUCCCAAUAUACCUACUGUUUACGCUACUAAUUGUGCUAUUGUCGCUGGUUGCUAUUGCGGAGCUCGUGAAUCUGUGAGAAUAACUCGAAGAUCAGAACACGAUGAUUUAAUGAACUCAGCUAUUGGAGGACUUUUCAGUGGUGCUUUGCUUGGACGACUUCAAGGAGGUCCUCAGGGUGCGAUUCGCUACUCUCUAGUUUUUGCUGCUGUAGGCACAGCAUUUGAUUAUGCUUCCCUUAAAGCAAAACCAAUGUUAGAGAGCUACCGUAACAUGGAGUCAUUCAAGUUACCUGAAUGGUCUCCUAUUAAAGUCCUCGACGAAGAAGCCUUAGCAAAGAAGAAAGCUCAGGAAGAGAAAAUAUUCCCCGAAAGAGUGCUCGGCAAAUUAAACAAGGAAUAGUCUUGACCAACUUAGAUUAUUUCCUUGUUUUUCCCCCAUAAAUUACUGAGGUUUGCAUUUUCUUUCUGGGUUUGUUGUUUCGUGAAAGUAAUUCCAGACCUUUUGGAUGAGACUUGAGGAGGAUUUUGGUUUUUCGAGUUUCCUCAAGGUAAAAUUUUUCUUGAGACAUAAGAAAACAUCUUUGUAUGUUGACCUACCAUAAAGCGUAUAUAUUCAUGGUUUAUUAUGGGCA